UAUAAUUGCCCUCCUUUGUAAUCCUUUUUUCUUUGGGAGGGGUUUAUCAAAGUAGAGCCGCUUCCAGACUUCCCCCGUCCUUCCUGGUCUGAGAUCGAGCCGUUUUGACCCACCGGCCUCCUUCGGCGAUCAGUCUCUCGCCCCUCGCCGACGAUGUCGGGUCACUACCCGGGUGGGUCACCGACCCAACACUCCCUGGCCUUCCGCGUGAUGCGGCUCUGCCGCCCGUCGUUCCAGGCGGAGGACGCCAUCCUCCGCCUCGACCCCUCCGACCUCCUCGCCGGCGAGGACCUCUUCGACGACCCCCGCGUCUCUCCUCACCUCCUCGACCGCUUCUCCCCCGGCGGCGGCGGAGACUUCAGCUUCCGCAAUCGGUUCCAGCUCCAGAACCCGAUUGACGCCAUGGCCCUCCCCGGCAACCUAAUCCUCCCCCAGUCCUUCGGAGCUAUAUUCUUGGGGGAGACAUUCUGUAGCUAUAUCAGCAUCAACAACAGUUCCAACUUUGAAGCAAGGGAUGUGGUCAUCAAGGCAGAAAUGCAGACUGAAAAACAAAGGAUACUGCUGUUGGAUACAUCCAAAUCGCCCGUUGAGUCCAUACGAUCGGGGGGCAGAUAUGAUUUUAUAGUAGAACAUGAUGUCAAAGAAUUGGGGCCUCACACGCUUGUUUGCACUGCUUUGUACAAUGAUGGGGACAGUGAGCGCAAGUAUCUUCCACAGUUUUUUAAAUUCGUCGUUGCAAACCCACUUUCAGUUAGAACAAAGGUUCGCACUGUCAAGGAGAAUACAUUUUUGGAGGCAUGCAUAGAGAACCACACAAAGUCAAACCUUUAUAUGGAUCAAGUUGAUUUCGAACCUGCACAACAUUGGACUGCAACGAGAUUUGAAGCUGAUGAACACACUUCAGAAAUUCACUCUCAGACAAGGGGAAUACUUAGGUCACCUGUCCUCAUCAGAGGGUCACCUGUCCUCAUCAGAGCUGGGGGAGGAAUUUACAAUUAUCUAUAUCAAUUAAGGCCGCCAUUGCAAGAGGCUGGGCAUGCAAAGGCCGAUGGAGGCAAUAUUCUUGGUAAACUUCAGAUAACAUGGCGUACAAAUUUGGGUGAACCUGGACGCCUGCAGACCCAGCAAAUUCAUGGCACUCCCAUUUCACACAAGGAUAUUGACGUGCAAGUUAUUGAAGUUCCCUCUGUUAUCAUUCUGGAGAGACCCUUUCUGGUGCAUCUUUGUCUAACAAACCAGACAGAUAGAACUAUGGGCCCUUUUGAAAUAUGGGUAUCUCGAGGCAUUACCAGCGACGAGAAGGUUGUUAUGAUUAAUGGAAUUCAGAAGUUGGUUCUCCCACCAGUGGAGGCUUUCGGUUCUGCCAACUUCAGCCUGAAUCUGAUUGCUACUAGGCUGGGGGUUCAGAAAAUCUCAGGAAUUACAGUAUUUGAUGUUCGUCAAAAGAAAUUGUAUGACCCAUUACCAGAGAUGGAGAUUUUUGUUGAUACAGACUGAGUUGUGUGACCUGCUGCUGGGGGCACUAUAAUAGAAUUCACCAUGCCAGCUUCAGGCCUGUAGUUCUUUUGCGCCAUGUAAUUGGCCUGUUAUUUUCAACCACAUUGUUAUGUUGAAACUUCUUUAAGUGUACAUACAGCUACACUAAUUAUUUAUUCAUGAGUUGAUGUAAACCUUAUGAGUCUGGUUUUCUACCCAGGAACUGAUUGCCAGGAUUUAUCGUGGUGUUCUGUACUCCAUAUCUUAAUUGGAAAUCCGAUUAUUUAUAUGUUCUUCA